UCUUCUUUUAGGAAGAUUGAAGAUCGAAGUGUAUUCGCGUUACAAUUAAAAUUGAUUUUUUUGUUUUAUCUUCAAGUAAAAUUUGUUAAUUAUACUAUUAUUCAAAUGUCAGAAAAAGAAAGUCUUAUCAAAUAUUUUCUCAGUGGAGGUUUUGGUGGAAUAUGUACUGUUAUAGUGGGUCAUCCUUUAGACACGAUAAAAGUUCGUCUUCAAACUAUGCCUAUACCAGGCCCAAAUGGAGUGCUAUUAUAUAAUGGAACUAUAGAUUGUGCUAGAAAAACAAUUGCAAAAGAAGGAAUACGUGGAUUAUAUAAGGGUAUGGGUGCACCUUUAUGUGGUGUAGCUCCAAUAUUUGCUAUAAGUUUUUAUGGAUUUGGAUUGGGCAAACAAUUAGUACAAAGAUCUAAUAAUGAGGAAUUAACUCCUUUGCAACUCUUUUAUGCUGGUGCAUUUAGUGGUAUCUUUACAACUAUUAUAAUGGCUCCUGGUGAAAGAAUAAAAUGUCUCUUACAAACACAACAAGGUAUAAAAUCUAAAUAUAGUGGUCCUAUUGAUUGUAUGAAGCAACUUUAUAAGGAAGGAGGGAUUAAAAGUAUUUAUAAAGGUACCUGUGCUACUCUUUUAAGAGAUGUUCCUGCCAGUGGAAUGUAUUUUAUGACAUAUGAAUGUUUGAAAAAGUGGAUGUCUUCUGAAGAAGGUAAAUUAGGAAUAUUUCAAACAAUCAUGGCUGGUGGUUUUGCUGGUAUUACAAAUUGGAUUGUUGGAAUGCCACCUGAUGUAUUAAAAAGUCGUUUACAAAGUGCUCCAGAUAAUACUUUUAAAAACGGAAUUCGAGAUGUUUUUAUAAUUUUAAUGAAAGAAGAAGGACCAAAGGCAUUAUACAAAGGAUGUGUGCCUGUGAUGCUUCGUGCAUUUCCAGCAAAUGCAGCAUGUUUUCUUGGAUUUGAAAUUGCUAUGAAUUUCUUGAAUUGGGUACUGUGAUAUGUAUAACUUUGUAUAUAAUGAGUUUUUAAGGAAGACAGGUAGUGAUUCUAUUGUCAAUUAAAUAUUAAAUUAGUAUAUUUGUAAAAUAUUUUAUAUUUCUAAAUCAAAGAUAAUAAUACAUUUUUAUAUAUUAUUCAUGUAUCAUAGAAUGUAUAAUGAAUUUGCAAUGAUGUUAUCUAUUUUUUCAUAAUUAUUUUGCUAUUAUAUAAAUUAUUUUUUAGAUAUGGUUCAUACUUUAUAUAAUAUGUAAUAAUCUUUAUAUCAUCUUUUUAUAUUGUUGAAUUUCUAUUUUAUAAUUUAUAAUAUAUUUUUUAUAAAAAUAAAUAAA